GGAACGGUAAACAUUCAGAAAGACGGAUAUAUUAAGUGGCAGGAGCCUUGGGCUUAGCGACGACUUAUAGUGCUACAAUUCCACCGACACUCCUCGCAUCACAACAACCGUUCACACGCGGCCGUGCAACAAUGAAUCUUACUGUUACUCACAUGCAGUGAGCACUCACUGUUGUAGUCUUAACAGCUUUGAGGUUGUAUACUUGCGCGCAUGAGCGAGCGGUUGUUGGAACCUUCUGGGGCAUAAGUACAAUGCAGUGCUACCAGGCGCAAUCAAAAGCGCACAACAUAGCGUUUUAUAAAGGUGGAAGCAGCUGCACCCAAGCGCAAUUCAGCGCACCAUCGACUGUCGCGGCGAGGAUUGCCUCAGUAGCAAAAGAGCGGCAGCAGCGGGGCCAGUCGCCAUGCGCAAUCGGAUGUUAUCAUCAGCAGCAUGGCAUGUUGCCGCCUGAUUUGUCACGGUCAAGAGACGAGUGCUUGCUGCAGGCACGCAUAGGGUUCGGGGAGCGGGGCCGGGGCCUCUUCUUCGCGCCCACAGCUGAGACCCCCUCACCCCCAUCCGCAUCUGCCUCUGCAAGCUCCUCCUCCUGCUCCUCCCCGGCCUCCGCCGGCCCCUCCGAGCCCCCUGUGCUGCUGCGUGUGCCGCUGGUGUGGGGGCUGCCGCUGGUGGCGCCGGGGGGCCCGCGGGGGCUGCAGCUGGGGCUGCUGGAGGAAUGGCAGUCGUACCACGGAGUACGGCUGCCCGAGCAGUUGACCCAAGUGCUGCAGGACACGGAC